AUGGCUGAGAAAAAUGAAUGUCAUAAUAGCUUCAAAAGGAUAAUUCUCAUUACGGGUUCAACAGAUGGCAUUGGUAGACAAACUGCUCUGGAAUUAGCCGUGCGAAAUAAAGAAAAUUUCGUUAUUGUGCAUGGAAGGAACAUUGAAAAAUGUGAAGCAACCAUUGACUACAUUAUGCGUGAGGGCAAAUUACCGGAUAAGUCAAAUCUUGAUUUUGUUGUUGGUGACUUUUCAGAUUUGAAAGAGGUUUCUGAUUUGGCUACGGAUGUUCAAAAGCGAUUUCCGCUGUUGAAUGUUCUAUUGUGUAAUGCCGGUGUUCUUUUACCUAAAAGAGCAGAAAGUCGAAAUGGGUUGGAAUUAACUUUUCAAAUUAAUCAUUUGGCACAUUUCCUUAUCAUAAAUCGUUUACUUGCACUAUUAAAACAAAAUCAACCUUCAAGGGUUAUUAUUGUCAGUAGCAGUCUUCAUAGUUGGCAUAAAAUUGAUUGGAAGGAUGUGAUGGCUGAGCGGGAAUAUGAAAAAUAUCUUCAGUUUUCGAGGACAAAACUAAUGAAUCAUUUAACAUCAUUUGCCCUUCAUCGUCUUUUGGUCAGGCAAGGGUGUCAAUUUCGGGUUACCUCUAAUGUUGUCGAUCUGGGAAAUAUGGAGCCGCGAGGUCGGAGAUCACGAAGUACAUCGCUAUCAUCUUCUGAUACCGCAUUGGUAUUAAGUAGUGGUGUUAGCACACUUUUAACAUUGGUUGAAUCUCCUGCACUAGAAAAUGUUAGUGGUAAAUAUUUUGAUUGCCAUGGAAAGCAGACACGCAGUGGUUCGGAUGCUACCGAUGAACGAUUGCAGCAAAAACUAUGGGAAAUGAGUGAACAAUUGUGUAAAGAUUAUCUAAAUUCUGGUUCACCUCUCUUUGCUGCAAAUUGUACGAUCAAUAAUGUCAACUGCAGUAAUCAUAGACAGGAUUAUAAUGUGAAUUAUCUUGCGCAUUAUAUCCUAUCAAGAUCGCUGUUCAGUUUGCUGAAGAAGAAUGUUCCAUCUCGACUGGUUCUUGUAAGCAGCAUUUGCUACGAAUGGUAUUCUCUAGAUUGGUCAGAUUUAGAAAGUUCGAAAACUUAUGAGAAGUACACGCAGUACUCACGUACAAAGCUUAUGAUUCACUUGAUGACGUUCAAGUUAGCUCGUUUGUUCAGCAGAUCUGGAGUUACUUGUAACGUUUUGGAACCAGGCAUCAUCGAGACGAAACUUUUAAGAGCUGGUGGUUAUAGUGGAGUUCCUGUUUGCGAAGGUUCUCGAUCUUGCGUCUUUCUCUGUACCUCUGAUAGUGUUACGAACGUGAAUGGUGCUUAUUACGACCGUAACUGUAAGCGUAUCACCAAAUUAUUCAAAGAUGCAGUGGAUGAGAAGCAACAGGAAAAUCUGUGGCAGCUAACUGAUAAACUAUGCGAAAAGAAAGGCAUUAAACUUCCGAAAAUAUGA